AAAUUUGAUCUUUCCCGUCACUCUCAUAAUCUUAACUACACAUUUGUUGUUGUGCUCUUUCUUUCCCAACUUCUGUUAUGAAAUCAGAAAUCAGUUAAAAUCCAGUCAAUAAACAACAACAACAACAACAAUGGUAAAAGCUUUUACCUCCAGUACUAGUCUUCCGCCAUGUAAUUCCUCUGAGCCACCUCCAAUCCCAUGUCAUCCUCAAUUCCACCUGAAACCCAACACCCGCCGUCACCUUAUCACCUCACUCUCCAUCCUAAUAACUCCAUUUUUCGCUUAUCCAAAGCUUAAUUAUGACCCACUUAGCCCAUUUUCUUUACCAGUAUCAAAUGCUCGAGGGCUUUUUCAAAUGCCACCUGUUCGCCUCACUAACCGGUAUUUUUUGGUGAGAGCUGGGGAAUCAGAAUAUGAGAGUUUGGGGAUAAUUAACACAAACCCAGUUGCAAAAACAUCUGUGGAUAAUGGGCUGUCUGAGAAAGGGAAGAAACAGACAGUGAGAGCGGCGUUUGAUUUGAGGGAAAUGAGGGCUUGUGAAGGAAGUUGCUGGAUUUGGCCUUCCAUUACUCAGAGAGCUUAUCAGGCUGCUGAGAUUAUCGCUGCAGUCAAUGGUGUCAAUCGAAGCCGUAUAGUUCCUGAAUAUAGCUUUUUGGAUGCUCGUGGAUUGGGGGCAUAUGAAGGGAAAAGUUUGGAUGCAUUAUCUGAAGUGUAUGAAUCAGAUAGCCUUUCUCCGAAUAUAAAGCCACCCCCUACAGAUGAUGGAACACCUAAUGAGAGUGUUUCGGAUGUCUUUGUUCGUGUAACACAAGUUAUGUCAAUUCUUGAAACUCAAUACUCUGAGGACACAGUCAUCAUAGUCUCACCAGAUUCUGACAACUUGACGAUUCUGCAAGCUGGUUUAACAGGGCUUGAUCUUCGAAGGCAUAGGGAUCUGUCUUUUGGGCCAGGAGAAGUUAGAUAUGUUGAUGCUAGCAGCAUACCUACCUAUAAGCAACCUGCAUCAAAAGUUUAUAAAUGCUUAAACCCCCCUAGCUGUACAUAAGUUUGGAUUUUCAAUGCAGGUGAAAUACGUGUGUUUUUACGACUAUAUGUUGUUGGCUUAGACAUCAUGUCUUAUAUAUCACUGCUGAACAAACUCUUGACAUUGUUCAUCUAAUGGUUUCAUUCUCUGAAUUCCUACCGAAGCUUUAGUUAAAAAGUUCUUUACAGGGCUAGCUGCAGCUAUCGUAAAUUUGUCCACUGGAACAUUUAGUCAGUGCUACAUGUAAAUGAUCAUUUCUCGCCAUUGUUGGUGAAGAUAGGCUCAGGUAGCUGUAUGCAGUUCUUCAUUAUCAAAGUAUAUAUGCUGGUGUCUGGCCAGCCCAUUUAUGUCACUUGACCUCCUGUUUCAGGCUUAUGAGAGAUGUAUUUAUAACUCCUAUUUUCCACAAGGUUCCAUCGAUUCAUCCCAUUUAAUGAUUGCCUUUUAUUAAUCUAAGUGUUACACAGAUGAACUAAAAGGAGUAGAAAUUAGUUUAAUUCCUUUCCGCUUAGCUUUUUAAUUAUAUGAAAAAGCUCAACCCAAUUAGAUGUUA